CCGGGGGAGGCGGAGCGGCGGCCGGGGAGGAGCCGGGGCCUGCAGUGGAGCCGCAGCCCGGAGCAGCAGCCGCGGGAGCGGCGGGGCCUGGAGAGAGUCAGCGCCGCCCGGGCCGGGCCUGUCGCACCGGAGCCCGGGGAGCCCCCGUGGACGAAGCCGCGGCCCGGCGGAAGGCGGCGGAGGCGCCGCGCAGGCCCGCGAGCCGCCGCGGCCUCCCGUGGUAGCCGAGCCCGGGCAGGAGGAGCUGGGGCCUGGGGGGAAGCCAGGGACAGCGGCCGGGGUGGGGGGACACCCCCUUAGCCUGCCGGGGUGGGGGAGAGACCCUGCCCGCCGCCCCCCGCCCCGUCCGCAGCCGCGUUAGGCAGCCCCGCGCCCGCUGUGAGGACACCCCAGCGCCCCCCCUGCCAGGCCCCUUCCCCGCAGCUGGUGAGGGAGCUUAACACUUGCCCCCUUCCCCACUAACGAGCCAAGGGUGUGCGGAGGCCCCCGGCACCCAGCCCUAGCAACUAUCUAGAAGCAGGUCUGCUCUUUCUCGCAGUGGAACAGAGCCUUCUGGAGCUCCCUCGAUACUUGUUACCGGGAGAGGGGUCCUCAGACCCAGUUCCUGAGGAGUGUGAGAAUAACCUUUACUGCCGGCUCCCUCCUGCUGCUGAGAGAAGUCUUCUCUCAAGCCCUUCCCCGGACCAGGUAGUAGUGGGUGUUUUUACAGAGGAAAUCCUGUAUGCCCAGGAGAGGCAGUUCCCAAGACAGAAAUAAGCAGGAGCUCCAGAUACUUACCUAGUAAUUUUAAUUAUUUACAUCUGCUCAGCAGGUGCUAGAGCAAAACAAGGGAGAGAAAGCAGAGAGAGAUUUAGCUAGUCUUUCCUUUUCCAGUUGCUGUUAACUGUAGAUAAAGGUAAUUUCCAAUACUGAUUUCAUCCUCCUUCAUCCCAAGGAAGAUCCCUCAUCCCCUAAUCCCAAGAGGGUUUUCUUCAAAUACCCAGUGCAAGGAGAGAAGACACACCUCCUAGUUACAGGGAGAGGAAAAGGCAGAUUUCACUGAUAAUAUCCACGGAGAUAGCAAGAAUUGGUUUAGAGAAAGGGAUUUUUUUCCCCUUACGGCAAGACGUACCUAGAGAAGAGAGAUUUCUAGGUAGGCAGGUUGGGGAAAUAGAUUUCUGAAAUAAUCUGACCAUCAGUGAAAAGGCUGUUUCCCGGGGAACACCCCUUUAGUAGUUAGCUGCCUGACGGGAGAGAGGAUCUCCAUCCCGGGAUAAAACCAGCAGUUUUAGGGGACUGACAACCCCCAAGCAGAUUGUUUUAGUACCCAACAUCCUGAUUUCAUCCACAAUCCUUUCGCCCUCGAAAUAUUUUUUGAAGAAGCCCUUGGAAUAGCUGACAGCAGCGGUCUGAGUAUGGGUCUCAGAGAAGCAGUGUGAAGGGCAGCACCCCAACAACCAGCACUGAAGAUAAUCCACCUCCCUCCAGAAAAUCUUCCAGACAGACAUACUCAAAGACAGUACCAUUUGAUCUUCUGGAAAGACUAGUUUAAGAAAUGGAAGGUGUUGAAUUUGCAUGCCUUCAAGCCAUGAUUCUUCUCUUUAUGCAAAGAGCAGUGAAAGUUGUGGCCUUGGAAAUUUAGCUACCUCAGUCCAGACUUCAAGGGAUUGCUCCCAGUAUAGUAAUGCAGCCAGUUGUGAGUAGGAAUGACGAACUUUCUGCUGCCUUGUCUACUGCAACAGACUACAGAAAACUUAAUAUUCCUGCUUCCAGCACUAUGGCCUCUGACCUGGAAAGCAGCCUCACUUCCAUAGACUGGCUCCCACAGCUUACUUUAAGGGCUACUAUUGAAAAAUUAGGGGGUUCCUCACAAGCAGGACCUCCAGGGUCUGCCCGAAAGUGUCCCCCAGGCUCACCAACAGAUCCCAAUGCCACACUGAGCAAGGAUGAGGCAGCAGUGCACCAAGAUGGGAAGCCACGUUACAGCUAUGCCACUUUGAUCACAUAUGCCAUCAACUCCUCACCUGCCAAGAAGAUGACGCUUAGUGAGAUCUACCGUUGGAUCUGCGACAACUUUCCCUACUACAAAAAUGCUGGUAUUGGUUGGAAGAACUCUAUUCGUCAUAACCUCUCUCUGAAUAAAUGUUUUCGAAAGGUGCCUCGACCAAGAGAUGAUCCUGGGAAGGGCUCUUACUGGACAAUAGAUACAUGUCCAGAUAUAUCUCGCAAGAGAAGGCACCCUCCAGAUGAUGAUAUACCACAAGACUCCCCAGAGCAAGAGGCAAGUAAAAGCCCUCGAGGGGCUGUUCCAGUCAGCACAGAAGCCUCUUUGCCACCUGAGGCUACCCCUCAGAUGUCAAUCCAGAGCACCACCCCCAUUGCUAACUACAGUCAGCAGGGUACAGGGCCUGUGGAUGUUGCCUCUACUGUAGCAGGGGGGCAGGGCCGUGAAGGGGCCGAUGUGCCACCUCCACUGUACAGUGCCAACCAUGACUUCAAGUUCUCCUACUCUGAGAUCAACUUCCAGGAUCUUAGCUGGUCCUUCCGAAAUCUCUACAAAUCCAUGCUGGAGAAAUCAUCUUCCUCUCAGCACGGUUUCUCUUCACUCCUUGGUGACAUGCAGCCCUCCAACCACAAUUACUACAUGUACCAGCAGCAACAGCAGCAAGGCCCCUCCUCAGUAGGUGCUGCUCCCCCACUCCACACUCCAACCCCAGAGGGUUGCCCAUCCCAAGGAGGAAAGCAGCAGGGUGGUGAAGGUUAUGGCCCCCCACCAGUGAUGUCCAUGCACCCGCCCCCAAUGCAGCAUGGAGGUUACCACCAGCAUCAACAACAUCACCCACACUCCCACCCACAGCAGCAGCCACACCAGCAGCAGCAGCAGUCACAGGCUUCAAUCAACAACGCUGGCUUUGCGUUUCCCCCUGAUUGGUGCUCCAACAUUGAUUCCCUAAAGGAAAGUUUCAAGAUGGUAAACCGGCUGAACUGGUCUAGCAUUGAGCACUCCCAAUUCUCAGAGCUCAUGGAGAGUUUGCGCCAGGCUGAGCGGAAGAACUGGACGCUGGAUCAACACCAUAUUGCCAACCUCUGUGACUCCCUUAAUCACUUCCUUACCCAGACUGGUCAGCUCCCUCAUCUGGUUGGCCCACAGCAACCCCCUCGAAUCUCUGAUUCUUGUGCCCUGAACAGUGGCAAACAGGAGCAGUCCAUGAACCAAGUGAACUCCUAUGGUCAGCCCCAGCCUCCCCAUCUCUUCUCCGGGCCAUCUCCUAUGUACCAGAUUUCUACCCAGGACUCUCCAGGAUACAAUCGCCCAGCUCAUCACCUGGUCCCUCGGCCUCCAGGGCCUCCUCCAGGCGCCAAUGAGGAAAUCCCCGAUGAUUUUGACUGGGACUUAAUCACCUAGCGAGUUACAGACUUGAUAGCCCGUCCUUUAUGAAGGACGUGGGAGGGGAGGGGGACAUGGGGUCAACGGUGUCAGCACCACCCUCCCCAGCCUCCCUGCCUUGCCUGUAUAUAGAUAUAUAUUCUCUAUCUCCGCCAGAGAAGCCACCGCAAGAUGCUGCCGAAGAUAAUCCUUCCUUGCGUCCUGUUUUAUCUUCUUUUCUUCUUUUGUUUAUUAUUAUUAUUGUUAUUAUUAUUAUUACCAAUAAUUGAACACAGCCCUCCCCCUCCUCCGGUGGCCUCAGACACAUCGGAUCGGCUCUUUCGUGUUGCGCAGUGCCCUGUGGAGGGUGGGAAGAUGGGUCCUUGGUGCCAUGAAAAGACCUUGGAAGGCUGAAUCCUCGAGUGCAUCUUUCUCUGCCUCUGUUAUUUUGCGUUUAACAAUCCCUCUUUCCCUUCAAGGUGGCCGGUGAAUCUGUCGUAUUGGCUACUGGAGUGAGAGAGCCUAGUGGACCCUGGGAGCCUGUAGUUAUGUUGUUUCGUAAAUGUUGUAAAGGUCAGGGGGCUGAAGGGACACUGGAGGGGUGAUCUUAGCUCUGUGAACUUUGUUGCACCAGCAGGAACAGCUAGAAACUAAGUGGUGUUCCCAAGUACAAAGAGAGGGUAAUCCCUGAGGUAGGGAGAGUUGAGCUGAGCUGGGAGGGCAGACCUGAGUUUGGAGAAAGGAGAAUGUAGUAGAUAUGGUAUUUCAGCAGAGAAGUUGGGUUUCAGAAUGUGGUGCCAUCUGUGAAGACUGAGAGAUUUUGAGGGAUCCUGACCCAUUUCCUACACUGCCUUUUGCAGUCUCUAGGUGAAGCCUAUAUACCCAUCAGGUAGAAGAAGCAGUCAGGGGUGUCACAUGUGAUUCAGCAAAUUCUGUUCCCCAGAGCUUUUCAUUUCACCCCACACCCCUUCAAGCCCUUUUUCAAAAUAUGUAGUGAGGCUCUCCCUUUUAUAUGCAAAUUUGGAAGUUUUCUCUCAUCAGUAUUUGUCCAAUUGUUAUUUGGUCCUUCACCCCUCAUAUUUCUUUGGAGGCUGUCCUUGCCUGUGGUUGAGAGUGCCAGCAACAGGAGUCUGGCUGUGUAGGUGUACAUCCCCUGUCAGUGGUUCCCACUUGGUGAAUGGGCUUGUGAUGGGCAGAGUGGGGCUGGAGUCACUGGUCAAGGGCUGAGCCCUCUGGUCAGGGAUCGAGAGGCCCUUGCAAGCAGUUAUUGUAAGAGGGGCAUUAGGGGAGAGAGGGUGAAGCAGGGCAGGGUUUUGAACUGACCAACCAAAGAGUGUAGUAUGAAAGGGAGGAGGGUGUCUCAGACCCCUUGCAGUUCAGGUGGGGAGAUGAAUUAACCUAGUGUAAAUCCUGAAGGAUGAGCUUUGUCAGCACAUGCAAAUCAGGAAGGUCGGAAAGGUGCAGGAACGGGAGUGAGCAUUUAGAUGCUUCCUCCCCAAAGUUGUCCUGUGUUCCCCUUCUUUUCUCAUAUGGCUCCAUUCUGUCAAACCUCUUGUUUCUUCUUAUUUUGUAAAGCCUCCCCCAGCCCUACUCCCUAAUUACCAGUGAAGGGAACAAAUGUGGAAAUAGACUAUCAUGGCUGCUUGACAGACCUGGAGCACAGGAGUAAAAUAAUAACCUCUAGUCUGACUGCAGGAAGGUGGGGAACUAGCACUGCUUUUUAAAUUUGCUGUAGGGAUAAACCAGUUGAAAAUUGGAUUGUUGUCAGGGAAGUGGACAGAGUCUCAUUGCAUUGGAAGGGGGGAACAGCACUUUUUUUCCCUUUUUUUUUUCUUUUUUUGUUGGAUUUUUGGGGGGGUUUUUUUGUUUGUUUUUUUGGGUUUUUUUUGGUUUUGUUUUGUUUUAAGUGUGUGUUUGGGGGGGAGUUAGUCAUUGAGCAUUUCCGAGAGAAAUGAGGAAUCCCAGACAGCUUCAACAUGGAGUCAGCUGUUAUCUCUGCUGCCUCAGGAUGGGAAUGAUACAGCUUUGGAAGCAUGUGUGAUAAGUUUCUGUGGAAAGUGGCACCGGAGACAAUGAGAGACAAUUUACGGCAGGUGCCCCAGUUAGUGUUUUGCAGUGGACAUUACUGAGAGCCGGCCCUGUGGAAGUCUGAAAACACCACCGGAAGAAAAACAAACCAAGAUGGCUCCUUCUGCGUAUCCAAGUGCUCCUCAUUUGCAUAUUUGCCUCAUUUGCGUAUUAAGUUGUGCCUCAUUUGCAUAUGUAAAUACAUGCCGGUCAGUGUGCAAAUUAGCCUCGUUCCUCUGCCCCUGAAAUCAAUGUGUGUUGUUAGUGCGUGGUAAGACAUCGAUGGGAGGCUGUGGAGCUCUGCGGGUGAGCUGGCACCAGCCUGCAGGCAGGGCAGGGGGGCCAGCCUAGCCCACAGAGGGGUCUUGCAGGCCCCUCCAGCCUGAUGUGGCCCCCAAUGCUUCGUGUCAGUGGUCAGGGAGAGAGGGGCGUGGUCUCACGAGUUUAUUUUUGUGCAUGCUUUCUUAAUAAAAAGAAAAAGUGAAUGUUUAUGGUUUAA